UUUUGUAUCAGCUGCAAAAAGGUGGACUUAGCCUCGCAGCCGGGGUAAACACUCUCCAAGUAUCGCCUUAGCAGGUCCGCAGUACAACUUUUUGGAAAAGUAAGUGAGACAGUGUUAAGGAAUGGAAGGACUCUGGAAUUUGACAUCGCUUCCGUUUCGAAACUCGUCAGGCUGUCGAAAAUUGAGGAGCGAAGGUGAACACGAUCGAAGAAAGGAGGAAAAACGAUUCCAGUGUCAACCCGGCGGGCUCGAGACCGCGAACAAAACUGAGAAGAUAUUUUGAGGCUCGUUUUAGAAACAAUAAGCCUGCGGCUCUGACAACGCGGUGGUCUAACGAAUUCACUUCUCAGCGUGGGUAAACGGUCACGAGACGUCGAAGUCAAAUCUCGAGUCGAGGGAGUCUGCGAGAAUUUAAAAGGGACGCGCAAGGAUGCUCAAUUAUCUGAUGGGAAAACUGGAGUGCAAUGACAGGUCUGAAGGGAAGGGUGACAGGAUGGCUGUCACAAACUUGGCGACCGUCGACGAGUUCAACACUUACAUCAAAUCCAAAGACUUGACGGUGAUCCACUUCUACGCGGCAUGGGCGGCUCAAUGCACACAAAUAAACGAUGUCCUCGAAGAAAUGGGAAAGUCGGCUGACUACAAGGGUGUAAACUUCGCGAAGAUAGCAGCCGAGGACGUCCCGGAGGUUUCUCUGAAGUUCGGAGUAUCCGCCGUACCGACAGUCCUGCUGCUUAGGAAUUCCGCCGUUACCGACCGAGUCGACGGCGCGAACCCGGCCGAGUUGGCCACGAAAGUGAAGCAGCAGAUAUCGUCGAAGGACUCGGUGCCGAUAGAAAUACCAAAACCGAAGGAAGACAUCGAGGAGAGGCUGAAAAAACUCGUAAACCAGGCGCCCUGCAUGCUCUUCAUGAAGGGAAACCCAGCCAGUCCGCGGUGCGGAUUCUCAAGGACGAUAAUCUCCAUAUUGGACGCUUACAACGCCGACUAUCAGACCUUUGACAUUCUUCAAGACAACGACGUUAGGGAGGGGUUGAAGAAGUUCAGCAACUGGCCAACUUAUCCACAGCUAUAUUUGAACGGCGAAUUACUCGGCGGUUUGGAUAUUGUUAGGGAAAUGGGUGAAGCCGGUGAACUUGAGGCUAUGCUGCCCAAGAAAGUUAGUUUAGAAGAGAGAGUUCGAGAAGUCAUCACCAGGGGAAAAAUAGUGAUCGUCAUGAAAGGAACUAAGGAGGACCCAAAGUGUGUCUACACGAAACAAAUCAUGGAAAUCUUCGAUGCGAUAAACGCACCUUACGAAACAUUCGACAUACUUAUGGACGAAGAAUUACGAAUCGCUUUGAAGUCCUAUUCCGACUGGCCCACUUAUCCCCACGUUUACGUCAACGGUGAACUGAUCGGUGGAUUCGACACGGUUAAGGACCUCAACGAAAGCGGUGAACUCAUAGACACCUUGUACUCCGAAACGUUCAAGGGAAACCGGCAGGUCCUACAUUCUACCGGCGUCAGUUUGAAGUCUGUGUACAACACGUAAGGAUCCUGAUCCAAAAAC